AGCGUUCCGCCGUGGGAAGCCAAGGGUUUCGCUUCGGCGAGGCACAAGCGGGGCGGCAAGAAUCGGGAGAGCAAGGUGAAGUGGCGGCUGAAGCACUGGUUCGGGGGCGUGCGCCAGGGGCUCCCAGAGCAGCCGGGCCCGCCGCUGCCAGAGGAGCCGCCCACGCCUGGACCGUCCGAGGCCGAGCAGUCCAUGGAGCUGGAGCUGGCGAGCCGCGCGCCGCCGCGCGCGGAGGAGCAGGGGCGGUUUCCCAUCGCUGGCCGAGCACUGCUUCUUUCCGCCAUCAACGAGCGGAUCGAG